GGUUUUAAUGAAUGACUUAAAACCCCAAUAUUGCUCGCCAGGAAAUGGGGAGAGGAAAUAGAGUGAUGUUUUGAGAGUAUAAAUUAGGGGCUCCAUCAAGGUGAAGGCUGCAGAUCGGCUUUUUGAACCCUCCCGUGAAAUUCAACCCAGAGCUGGACCAAGGAGGGGAAAAGCUGAUACUUGGCAGCAUGCAAACCUGCCCAGCGCUGCUCCUGCUGCUCCUGGCUGCCUGCGCCCUGCCCGCCCGCUGCUCGGCCCCCCAGCCCUCCUGCCUGCACUUCUCCGAGCUGCUGCCUGCAAAGCUCAAAGAGCUGCGCAUCACGUUUGAGAAAAUUAAGGAUUAUUUUCAAUCAAAAGAUGAUGAACUUAGCAUCCAGCUACUCAGCUCUGAACUGCUGGAUGAAUUUAAGGGGACCUUCGGCUGCCAGUCUGUGUCGGAGAUGAUGCAGUUCUACAUGGAGGAGGUGCUGCCCAGCGCCAUGAGGACCAGCACCCUUCACCAGCAGAGCAUGGACGACCUGGGCAACCUGCUGCGGAACCUGAAGGCGAUGAUGAAGCGCUGUCACAGAUUCUUCACGUGCGAGAAGAGGAGCAAAACCAUCAAGCACAUCAAGGAGAUGUUCGAUAAGAUGCAUGAGAAUGGAAUCUACAAGGCCAUGGGAGAGUUUGACAUUUUCAUCAACUAUGUUGAAGAGUACUUGAUGAUGAGAAGGAAGUGAAAAUGCCCACGGGUCUCCACCUUCCCCACCAAAUCCUGCUAUUUUAUCAGAAAUCACUUCAAGUUGCGAGAGCACACAAGAGAUUAAGUUAUCUUAGGGUUCAAGUAAUGAAUUACAGGUCUAUAACUUCAAGUUUGGUAUUAUAUUUAAGAGUUGGGGUUUUUUUUGCAACUGAAUUUAAUAUUUAUUACUUCUAAUACCUCAGUGUUUGUGUUUACAAUAUGUUUUGAAGAAAAGUGUGAUAAGCGUGUAAAAUACUAUUUAUUGUUCAAUAUUUUAAUACUGUUUAUGAUAGGGCUAUUUUAUUCAGAGCUUCAAAACACCCAAAGCAGCAUUCUUGUGGGGAGCAGACGGUGAGCAGAGUUAAUCCUGAGCGCAGUUUCACUGAGUACAAGUGGCUGAUCAGGGGCAAUUCCAGCUCCGAGUUCAGCAAAGUUUAAUUUUCAGCAAAUGAGAGCUCUCCUCGUGCUCUAUCCCUCUAUUUAUUUAUGCAAUCAAUUCGGUUUUUUAAUGCAUGACUAUGUCACUGUCUCUGGUUCUGCAGCUGGAAUUAGGCACUGAAAUAUUCAAAAUUAUUCCAUGGCCUUGCACCGAGAAAAAGAACCAUAAAUGUAACCAAGGGCACUUUUUCUCCUGCGCUUGAAAAGCAAAGUGGAGGAGGUUUUGCACUCCUGUGAUCAUGUAGAGAAAUAGAUCAGUUAACCCCACCUCCAGACUCAGCCUAUAUAUUAGUCCAGGUGAAAGAAAAAACAGUAAUAGGAAAGAAAUGUUUGGUUCUAAUAGAACUUGACUUAAACGUUGCUAACAACUGACUUCCAGAGCUGCUGGGUUGGCCACUCUGCACUUUUGAAAGUUGAUCUGUUUUCCAGUCUUUGAUUGGGUUUUACUUGCCAUUUUGUUGGAGGGGGGUUUGUUUGUUGGGUUUUUUGGUUGGUUAUUUUUUGGUUUGUUCGUUUCUUUGGGUUUUGUUUCUUUGGUUUUAGUUUUGUUGGGUUAUUUCUUUCUUUUAGAAGUUAGAGGCUAUUUAAUUAACCACCAUUUUAAGGUGGCUUGGGUAAUUUGCAUUCAAAUUCAAAAAGCUGCAAGCAGCACUGACAACAUUUGGGUUUGCGUUACUUCUAACCCUACGUCCGAGCAGCCGCAGCACACGAGUGCUGGGGGGGAAGCUGCAACCAGAGCUGCUUCAGUGCCCCCCAGAGCUGCUGAUUUUGGGGCUCCCCUUCCCCUUGUCUCCUGGGUGUCCCCACACGAACUACAGGACCAUAAACCAGAGGCAUCUGCUUCUAAUAUUUAGAAGUAUUAAGGCACCGAUAUGGUGAAACACUGUCAGCUUGUUGUUUGCUGUGUAGGUUACCACUGAAGAGAGGCUAUUUAUACUUGAUUUAUUCUGUUUGUGUAUUUAUGGUGACAGAAUGGCAUUCCUGCUGGCAGACACUGGGUAUCCCAGAGUAAGGAAUGCUGCUCCGGGUGGCAUUGGUUCAAGGGCAAUGUGGGAGCCAAACACUGUAAAACUUUAAUUAAGCUUCUAACUAGGACACAUUAAGCUCCUGUUGAGCCAGCUCCGUACCUGUUUUUCCACCAUUUCAGUGCUGUAAGAGAAGCAACAACAUUCCUGGAGCGGCAGCAAGAGCCAAGAGCAUCAGCAGCUCCGUUCUGGUGGGGGCACCUACCUUGGCCACAGCUCCUGUCACUGUGAACUUGUGCAUGUUUAUCUGUAUGAAAAGAAAUCUUUUAUUUUUGCUAAUAAAGACUUCCUAAAGAAUAAA